AUGGCUUUAGGACCCAAUAUUCUUCCAAUGUUUGAACAGUUAGGCAUGUUAGACGAGAUCAGGAAUAUUUCUGUGCCGGUGACUAAAGUCUCUAUCCUAAAUGGCAAUAUGAAAAAACUGGCCACUAUGGAGCUUUUGGGUGAGAAGGAACCAAAGCUUUACGAGUUGCUUUACAGACGAGUCCCUGCCGAAAAGAUCAGUCUAAACAAAAAAGUUCUUCGGUUUGAAGAAAAAACUGAAGGAGGACUAAGCAGGGUGGCUAUCUAUUGCUCGGACAAUACAGUCUUUGAAGGCGAUCUCCUUGUGGGUGCUGAUGGUGCCUACAGUGCCGUCCGUCAAUGCCUCUACAAACAUUUGGAUGAAACCUUGGGGAUCCUCCCAAAAGAGGACCGUGAGAGCUUUUCGAUCGGGUAUGUCAGCAUGCUCGGGACGACAAAUCCUCAAGAUCCUGAAAAGUAUCCUCAGUUGAAAGAACGGCAUGCGCAGUAUGGUCGAGUCCUGGGUGGGAAUAGAAGAGGGUGGAGUGCGGUCAAUGUGGCGGGCCACCAGAUCUGUUGGGCAUUGAAUAUUCAACUUUCAGAAGAAGAAGCCAAGGACCAGCAGUUCCGGAACUCAGAGUGGGGUCCAGAAGCCAAUGAAGCCAUGAUCCGAGAAUUUCAAGAUUUGCCGUGUCCUUGGGGAGGCAAGAUGAAAGAUCUUAUUGAUGCUACACCCAAGGACUUGAUCUCAAAGAUAUUUCUGGAAGAGAAAGUCUUUUCGACCUGGUAUUAUGGACGAACAGUCCUUAUCGGCGAUGGUGCAGUGAAUGCAAUGCAGGAUGCAGUUGUGUUGGCUAACUGUCUGUACAAUAUGACAGACAACUCCUCCAAAAGCAUCCAAACUGCUUUUGAAGAGUACUAUGCACAACGAUACCAUCGUGCGCACGCUCAGUUCAUCACCAGUAAUGGAAUGUCUAAAAUUAUGUCUGGCCAGACAUUGGCUGAACGAAUGCUCCGAAAGACAAUCCUGAAUUAUACUCCUAAUUGGAUCCAACAGCAGUAUAUUGCCAAGAGUUUUGAAUAUCGACCGCAAAUUGCAUGGUUGCCACUCGUCAAGAAUCGCGGCACCACGCGCGUCCUUCCACAGGAAGGGAAGCGGUCUGUAGAAUGA